GGGUGUCAGGCGGACAAGCUCUCCCUCUUUCGCUCGCCCUCGCCUCAUCUUCUCUGAGAGGAGCCGCGAGAACAUCUUGACAGCGACGGCCGCUUUCCCGACCCUCAAACUUUCCCCCGAUGGAUCCGCUGGCUGCAGGCAGGAAUGUUGACUCUGAGCCUCCCCGGGAGGAGGAAGGAGCCCGUGUGGUCAACGACGAGAAGGUGUGAGGACCCCAAUCAAGCCAGGAUGCGCGUCUUCUCGGGAACGGUGACGGUCGCCAUGGUCUUGCCUCGCCGGGGUCAGCAGAAGACAAACGCCACACAGCUAAAGCAGGAUUAGCCGUCCCGAACGAGUUUCAAUGCUCUUCCACGUUCUAAGAUGAAGUUAUGGAAAAGUGCUACUUUUGCCUUUGUGCUCUGUGGCGCCGCCCUGUCUGUCGUCCUCAUUAAAAACAUGGCCACCGUCGUGGGACCGCCUAAAGCCAAGACCAAACACACCUCAUCCUCCUCUUCAUCAUCAUCACCAUCAUCAUCCUCCUCGUGGUACCCGUCCACCUCACCGUCAGAAACCUCAUCGCCAUCAUCUCCGCCCGGCUGGAGUGUCGGCCUCCAUCGGCGGCCGCGCUCGGCAGACAUGAGCGCUCUCCUCUCCGAGUUGUCCAUGAUGUUCCAGAGCUUCACGGAAGGUGAACUUCAGCACAUGGUUGGGACCCUGAUGGACAGGAAGCAGUGGAAGAACCGGAGCCAAAGCCAGACCAGAAGGACUAAAAGAGCCCGGCGGGCCAAGCCCUGCUCCCUGAGAGAACUGGAGCUGACAGUCAGCGAGCUGGGCCUGGGCUACGACAGCGACGAGACGGUGGUGCUGCGCUACUGCAGCGGCAAGUGCACGGCGCAGCGGCGCAACUACGACAUCACCAUGGAGCACAUGAUGCGGACUGGCUUCAAGAAGAGGGGCCGCAAGGACAAGGUCGGCAACGGACCGUGCUGCCGGCCCACGGCUUUCGAGAAGGACUUUUCCUUCCUGGACAACCGGAGCCGCUACCACAGCAUACAGAACAUCUCGGCCAAGCACUGCGGCUGCGUAUGACCCGCGGAGGCGACGCGCUUCCUGGGUACACCUUGUACCGAGGAAAAAACUCCAGAUCAGGUUUAUGUUGGACCCGGACCGACUCCACGUGGGAAUGAAUCAGAAGGAUUUCCAGGCAGAGAGUGACUGUUCUUUUUCUAUCUGUGUAGUAACACUGUAAACACAGCAAUGUAGCAACAUGGCGUGUUCUUCUGGGUCACGUGACCGCGUGACUAAGACCUGGUGAGUCAUGGCCGCCCGGCUCAGGACUAAACUUCACCGUUUCACAUCUCAACCCAAACAUAUUUCAACGUUCUUCCGACUGGAACGCGGUAGACGCAGCAAAUUCAGACAACACGCCAAUCCUAUUACUUUUGUAACUGUACUAAUCACUACUUUCCCCCGGGCUUAUUAUUCUUUACCACACCAAGAAUCUUAGUGAUUUUUACGGCUAUUUAUCGGACACGAGGGUCUUCCUUUUCGGCACUUUAAAGUUAAAGUUAAAAUAUCAAUGAUUGUCACACACACAAUAGGUGUGGUGAAAUUACCCUCUGUAUUUGACCCAUCCCCUUGUUCCACCCCCUGGGAGGUGAGGGGAGCAGUGAGCAGCAGCGGUGGCCGCGCCCGGGAAUCAUUUUUGGUGAUUCAACCCCCAAUUCCAACCCUUGAUGCUGAAUGCCAAGCAGGGAGGUAAUGGCUCCCAUUUUUGUUGGGAAAACAAUUGCUAAGUCCUAACUUAAAUGUUGGCGUUGAGCUAGACAGGUAGUCUCUUCUCCAGGAUAGGGCUAUCACUUUUGUGAUCCCAUUUUUUAUAGUUUUUGGUAUGAUUCGGCCGGGGUUUGAACUCACCACCUACCGAUCUCAGGGCGGACACUCUAACUACAAAAGGAGACGUUCGCGUGUAAGUCAAUCAAUCAAUCAAUGUUUAUUUAUAUAGCCCUAAAUCACAAGUGUCUCAAAGGGCUGUACAAGCCACAACGACAUCCUCGGUACAGAGCCCACAUACGGGCAAGUGUCUGGAAAACAACUGCUUUAAGUCAUAACUUAAAUGUUGGCGUUGAGCUAGACAGGUAGUCUCUUCUCAAGGAUAGGGCUAUCACUUUUGUGAUCCCAUUUUUUUAUAGUUUUUGGUAUGACUCGGCCGGGGUUUGAACUCACCACCUACCGAUCUCAGGGCGGACACCCUAACUACAAAAGGAGACGUUUGCGUGUAAG